AAUCAUAAUGCUAUCCAUGUGGACAACUUUCAUUUUGUUUUUACUAGACUACUGACACUGCGGUUAUCAUUUCUUGAUAAAAGCGGUUGAUUUCUAGAUCCAACUCUACAUUGUAUAUUUGAAUUAACAGUUUAACAAAUGAAUUAGAGAAUGGAAAGGACAAACCUAUCAUUCUGGAAUUUGCUAUUUCCGAUUAGUCAACUCUGCAAAAUAAAUCAGCUGUAUGCAACGAAAUUACAGCGAUUUUUACCCAAACAGAUUUGGACACAGAGUGACAGAGAUGAAAUUCUCAAUAUUUUGUCUGAGUUUCUGCUCAAUGGUGAAUGUGUAGUGGACUUGUGUGUAUGUUUUGGGCCUCUUGUGCUGGAAUUAGCUUCACGACUUACUUCCUCCAUUCUGCGUGAAGGACACUCAGGACAUAGACUAAUUAAAAAGCUUGCAGUAUCAAUCAGCAGAGGGUUCUGCAUUAGCCAUGAGCUUCAGAGGUAUGCUGCAGACUUUGUCAGACUGUACAAACCAUUUUCUCUGUCAGACACUUUGUCCAGUGAAGAACCUACAAAGAAAAAAGCCAAAAAAAAUCAAAUGCCAGAUCUUGAUUGGUGUUGUGGUGUUUGGAAUUACCUAGAAUACCUGCCAGAAGUAGUUAGUAAAAUAGAUAUGUCAAGUCUAUAUGAUUAUUUGUCUUCAACAGACAUAGUUGUCAGAUGGUAUGCAGCAUUAGCAAUAAGCAGGUAUCUAUCCAUGUCAGAGAAUGAAACACAGUUGUUUUUAAAAAAGUAUUUUACUCCUGAAGAGCAUAGAUCCCUUUUAUUAAGAAUGGAGUCUGAAAAACAAAAGAUUCAAGAGAAGGUGUUGUCUCUUUCUGGAACAGUGUAUGUUAAUGAACUCUUGACAGACCAGACUCACACCAGACAGAGUAUGAUCACUGGUGAUCUUAGCCCAGAUGUUGUAGAUGUCAUGGGGAUAUUGCUGCCAAGAUUGAAUUCAGCACUGGAGGAAAAGGACUUGAAUUCAUUAGUGUUGGUUCCUUCAACUAAGCAACAUCUUCGAAGCUUAGCAUUAGCAGUGUCUUGCCAUAAACCAGUGAUGCUUCAGGGUCCUGUUGGCUGUGGAAAAACAACCUUGGUUGAAUACUUAGGAAAACUUACUGGUCGUCACAAAGUACCUGAGCUACUAAAAAUUCAGUUGGGCGACCAAACUGACAAUAAAGCACUUCUAGGUACGUACUGUAGUACUGAGAUACCUGGAGAGUUUGUCUGGAGAGCUGGUGUUCUCACUCAGGCUAUACUAGCAGGGAGCUGGGUGCUGUUAGAGGAUGUUGACACUGCCCCAAUGGAUGUCCUGUCCUUAUUGGUGGCAUUAGCAGAAACAGGAAGCUUGUCAGUGCCAGGGCAUGGGGAUGAAGUGAGGGCGUCGCCUGGAUUUCAAUUGUUCACCACACAGAGAUUACACAGUUCCUCUGGUGGGUUACAUCAUCAGAGAGCAGGAAGUUGUGUUGUAUUGGAAAAGUUGUGUGCUGUUAUAAAUGUUGAACCAUUGUCCAGGGAUGAAUUAAAAGAGGUAAUUUCAGUAAAGUACCCUGCACUUAGCCCUGUUGUAGACAAGCUGCUGAACAUAUAUUUUAUGCUAUCAGCUGGUAAACACAACAUGGGAGAUGCUGAAGAAACAGAAGAGUUGUCCACCCAUGGGAAGUUUCUCUCCCUUGAUGGCAGGUUGAUUUCAACAAGAGAUCUAAUGACAUGGUGUAGUCGUUCAAGUAUUGAUUUUGACCAUAAAGUAUCAACACAGGGCCUGAAAGUGUUUCUUGAAGCCUUAGACUGCUUUGUUUCAUGUUUAUCAAAACCCAGUAUGAGGCUGUCUCUAGCAUCAGCUAUAGGUGUAAAGCUCAAUUUGACUGAAGAUAGGUCAAAGUAUUUCUGUACAGAACAUAAACCAACCCUGCGUGAGACUCAAGAUAGUCUAGAAGUAGGGAGAGCCAAACUAACCAAGAAAAAGCUGCCCUUAGCAAGUUUUUCAAGUAAACCAGCCCCUACAUUUUCUUACACCCGAGCAUCUGUAAUACUGCUUGAAAAAGUCUCUGUGUGCGUACAAAGAAAUGAACCAGUUUUGUUAUGUGGGGAAACUGGAACUGGAAAAACAUCCACUGUACAAUUUCUGGCCCAUUAUUUAGGUCAUAAAUUACAUGUAAUAAAUUUAAACCAACAAAGUGAUAGUACAGAUCUCUUAGGAGGGUUUAAGCCAGUUGACUUGAAAUUUGUUAUCAUGCCUGUGAGGGAAGAAUUUGAAACUUUGUUCUGCCAGGCCUUUUCAAGGGUUCAGAAUGAGAAGUUCCUUUCACACAUUCAGGCCUUGUUUCUAAAGAAAAGCUGGAGCGAUUUGUUGACAUUGAUGGAAGCUCCUAUUCAGAAAGCCCUCAACAAGUUCAAUACAGAUUUGGAGCAACAAGAGAAAUGGAUUAAAGUUAAACACAGGAUCAGUGAACUCAGAAAACAGAUCAGAGAUGCUGAAAAUGUCUUGGCAUUUUCUUUUAUUGAGGGUACCUUAGUGAGAGCUUUGCGCAAUGGAGAUUGGGUUCUAUUGGAUGAAAUCAACUUAGCCACUGCAGAAACUUUGGAAUGUCUAAGUGGGCUGUUGGAGAGUGUUUCAGGAUCUAUAGUGUUGACAGAAAGAGGAGACAUAAAACCUAUCACAAGACAUCCAGAUUUCAGACUUUUUGCUUGUAUGAAUCCAGCAACAGAUGUUGGUAAAAAAGAUCUCUCCGUUGGAAUAAGAAACAGGUUCACCGAGUUCUUUGUUGAAGAGCUCGAGUGCUCUAAAGAUCUGAGCACAUUGGUACGGGAUUACCUCCCAGGCUUGUCAUUGAGUUCCAAACAAGUGUCUGGCAUUGUUAGCUUCUACCUCAGCAUAAAAAAUGACCCCUCAGAGAAGCUUACAGAUGGAACAGGUCACAAACCUCAUUAUAGCUUGCGAACCCUAUGUCGUGCUUUGAGGUACUGCGCUAGAAAUCCUUGUAAAAGUGUGCCAAGAUCUCUCUAUGAGGGAUUUAGCCUGAGCUUCCUCACUCAACUUGAUCGGUCCUCACAUCCACUAGUCUGUGAUCUUAUUUGCAAGCAUCUGCUGCACAACACUGGGAGCAAGGCAAUACUGGGACAGAAGCUGCCCAAGCCUGAAAAGGAGGCAGAUUUCAUCCAAGUUGCUGACUACUGGAUAUCUAAGGGACAGCUAAACCCUAGCACACCAGCUGAUUAUAUUGUCACUCCUUCUGUGAAACUGAAUCUAAAAGAUUUAGCUAGAGUUGUAUCAGCAGGGAAACACCCAGUGCUGAUCCAAGGUGAAACCUCAGUGGGUAAAACAAGUUUAAUUACCUACCUUGCUCAGCUCACUGGUAACGUUUGUGUCAGGGUGAACAACCAUGAGCACACAGAUCUGCAGGAGUACAUUGGCUGCUACGCUGCAGAUGAACAUGGAAAACUAGUUUUUAAAGAAGGUGUUCUUGUUGAUGCCAUGAGAAAGGGUCACUGGAUCAUCUUAGAUGAGCUGAAUCUGGCUCCAACCGAUGUACUUGAGGCACUGAAUAGACUUCUUGACGACAACCAAGAGCUUUACAUCCCAGAGACGCAGGAAAUGGUUCAAGCUCAUCCUAAAUUUAUUCUCUUUGCCACUCAGAAUCCCCCAGGACUAUAUGGUGGAAGAAAGAUUCUUUCUAGAGCCUUCCGUAACCGGUUCAUAGAACUUCAUUUUGAUGAGAUCCCCCCAUCCGAGUUGGAGACAAUUCUUCACGAAAGAUGUGGAAUUCCUUUGUCAUAUGCAAAGAAGUUGGUUGUUGUUAUGUUGGAGUUGCAGACUCGCCGUAGAGGAUCUGGGAUAUUUUCUGGUAAACAUGGUUUCAUGACGCUAAGAGACCUGUUUAGAUGGGCACUGAGAUACAACUGCUCAGAGGCUGGUAGAGGGGAGAAGUUUUAUGACUGGGAUCAACACCUUGUUGAACAUGGCUAUAUGUUGCUAGCUGGCCGUGUAAGAAAACCAGAGGAGGAAGUCAUAAUUGUAGAAGUUCUAGAAAAACACUUCAAGAGAAAGCUGUCUACCGAGGCACUGUUUAACCUCACCCCUCAAACAUCCGCCCCCAUUAAGACUUUGCUGAACUCAGUGAUGAACCAGGGUAUGCCAGAGUUUCAACAUGUGGUUUGGACAUACAACAUGAGGAGGCUGGCUGUGUUGAUAGGACAAGCCAUCAGGUUUAAGGAGCCUGUGCUACUAGUUGGAGACACAGGAGUAGGAAAGACUACAGUCUGUCAGUUGUAUGCUGCCAUGCAAGGAAAAACAUUUUAUAGCAUCAACUGCCACAUGCACACUGAGAGUGCAGAUUUCCUGGGUGGUUUAAGACCUGUCAGAUCUCAUGAGGAUGAAAAGACUGAUGAUCACAGGCUGUUUGAAUGGAAAGAUGGACCAUUAGUUCUUGCAAUGAAAGAAGGGGCUAUGUUUCUAAUUGAUGAAAUAUCUUUAGCUGAUGACUCUGUGCUUGAGAGAUUAAAUAGUGUUUUAGAACCAGAAAGGACAAUACUUCUAGCAGAAAAAGGAAGUGGGGGAGAAAUGGGCACUGUGUCAGAUGUAGAAGUUCUUAAAGCCUCUGAUGAUUUCCAUGUAUUUGCCACUAUGAAUCCUGGAGGUGACUUUGGCAAAAAAGAGCUGUCACCAGCACUAAGAAACAGAUUUACUGAAAUCUGGUGCCCUCAGUCUCAUGAUGCAGCCGAUCUUAUUUCUGUUAUAGAGAAAAACAUCAAAGCAGGUCUUCAACUCUUCCCCACUACAGAUGGUAGCAGUGGCUUUGGCAGAGCUAUUGUUGACUUCAUUCAGUGGUUUUUUACAACAGAAAUGGGGAAAAGAGCCACUGUAAGCAUAAGGGACAUUCUGAGCUGGAUACGCUUCAUUAACAUCUGCUCUUGUGAUUGGAAAAAUGAACCAGAUGCUGUUUCCAUGGAAACAAACAGUUCAUCCCUCUGUACAUUGGACCCUUUAACAUCAUACAUUCAUGGAGCUUGUCUGAUAUUUAUUGAUAGUCUUGGGACAGGUUCAACAACCUUUUCUUCUGAAUCAAAUACUCAGACGUCAAGACUUAUGUGCAUUGAUUUUUUGUGCAAGCAAUUGUCAAAAUUUAAGGGACAAAAUAUAGAUAUCACCCAUUGUGGCCUGCUUUUGAACAGGUCGGUGAUUGGGUCCAGUUCAGUCAUUAUAACUGACCAGCUGUUGACAAUUCCUCCAUUUUCUAUCAGAAGAGAGCCAGUAGAAGAAUUUAUAGGAGAGAAGUUUUCAUUUGAUGCACCUACAACCUGCAUUAAUGCCCAAAGACUUCUGAGAGGUCUUCAGCUGCCCAGGCCUAUUCUCCUAGAAGGUUCACCUGGUGUUGGCAAAACUAGUCUGGUUGCAGCUGUGGCCAGGAUGGCAAGAAAAAAACUUAUACGUAUCAACCUCUCUGAGCAAACAGAUGUUACAGAUUUGUUUGGUGCUGAUUUACCUGUAGAAGGGAGUGAAGGUGGUGUUUUUGCAUGGAGAGAUGGACCUUUUUUACAGGCCCUUAAAGCUGGACAUUGGGUUGUUUUUGAUGAGUUGAAUCUAGCAUCACAGUCUGUUCUAGAAGGUCUGAACGCCUGCUUUGAUCAUCGUGCUGAAGUUUACAUUCCAGAGCUUGGUAAAACAUUCCACAUUGAGCAUGAGAAGACUCGCAUAUUUGCCUGCCAGAACCCCCUGUCUCAAGGAGGUGGGAGGAAAGGGUUGCCCAGAUCAUUCCUUAACAGAUUCACACAGGUCUAUGUGGAUCCUUUUACCAGGGAUGAUCUUAUUUUUAUUUCCACAACCAUGUAUCCCAACUUGCCAGCAGAUCUUCUCACUGCAAUGGUGGACUUUAAUUCAAAGAUGUUUGAAGAAACAAUGGUGAAAAAACUAUGGGGAGUGAAAGGCUCGCCCUGGGAGUUUAAUCUUCGUGAUUUGUUUAGAUGGUGUGACUUGCUAAUGGAUAACCAGACAUCUGAGAACUUAAACCCUGGCGAGUAUGUGGGACUCAUAUACAGAGACAGGAUGAGAUCAGUUGCAGAUAAAUCAAAGGUUGAAGAGCUUUAUAUGUCAACUGUGGAAGCCCAGUACCCGCUGUACAAAACAUCAAGGAAAAUGAACAUCAGCAGCUCUACGCUUCAAGUCGGCCACUCAUUUUUGCCAAGGUUUGGGCAUGCUUUGUGCCACACUGCCAGUUCAUCUACUGUUCUACCUUUACACCAUAGCAUGGAGCCCUUGGAGUCUCUCAUGAAAUGUGUACAGAUGGGAUGGUUAGCUAUCCUUCUUGGUCCUCAAUCAAGUGGAAAGACAAGUCUGGUGAAGCUGUUGGCAGAGCUUACAAACCAUCCUUUGAUUAUACUACCAAUGAACAGUUCAAUGGACACAACGGAACUUCUGGGAGGGUUUGAACAGUCGGAUAUGUGGCGUCAUUUGGGUGAAAUAGUGGCUUUGGUUGCCAGUGAAGUGAAAAGGGUGGAGAGACAAUGUCUCAUUGAUGUCAGCCUAGCAGAGAGUUCCAAAUAUAGCAGCUUGGAGAGAGAUUGGGCUUCAUACCAUGAUCUCAAUGUGUCAAAUGAAGGCAUGUCAAGUGAAGAUGUGAUCUCUCUUUUGUUACAACACAUAAAACACCUGCAGACUGUUGCCAUACAUCUGGAUAAAGUUGACCCAUCUGGUGCUGAAAACCGACUGUCAGUAAAUCACAAACUGGCAAAGUUGUUAGCCACAGUAUCUAGCAUGAAACCUGGAACAGGAGGAGGGGCUUUUGAGUGGGUGGACAGUGUCUUGGUCAAGGCGCUUCAAAAUGGCUUUUGGUUGCUGAUAGAUAAUGUGAACUUUUGCAGUGCUUCUGUUUUAGACAGACUGAAUGCUCUGAUGGAACCCAAUGGUGUCCUCAGCAUUAAUGAGAGAGGGACAAUUGAUGGAGAAAUCAUGACAAUUAUUCCCCAUCCAAAUUUCAGGCUUUUCUUUGCUAUGGAUCCAAAACGAGGAGAGAUUUCAAGAGCCAUGAGAAACAGAGGAAUUGAAAUUUACAUCCUAGGAGAGGAUGAUGGAUACACCUACAGUGAUAGGGAUAUAAAAGCCAUGUUAAAUGAAACAGGGCUAAGCAACAGGCAGCUCUGUGACUGGCUGUUGGCUGCCCACAGCAGUUUUAAAUCUGAACUACCCUACAGUGAAAGGCCAGUCUUUGCUGAUCUGUUCCAUGCUGGUGCCAUGUGUGCUCAGCUGUUGAAGAAAGGCUUUGAGCUGAAGGAGGCUGUCAGCCAUGUGAUGGAAGAUGUGUAUGUCAGCAGUAAGAAAAAUAUCACUACCAAAAAGUUUGCCAAAGAGCUGGCCCUGAAGCAGCUACUAGAACUCCCACAGCUGGGAAGAGAAGCUUCACCAGAAAGCUCACUGACUCCAUUACUGCCUUCACUAGCUGGUGAGCCAUCACAGCUUGUCAACAUCAAGCUGGCUGCUAAAGCUCUGGUUACUCUACUUGAGAAGUUAAGUGAAAAAAGUGAAAAUCUGUCAGAAACGCAAGUGGUAGAAUUGCAAACAGCAACUUCCAUCUAUAUCUCCCUUCAACCAGAAUCCAGUUGGAAGCUAGCCAUAGAAUGGUUUAACCAUCUGAUGCUCAGGGUCUUGUCCAAGCCUUCCCCUGGCGGUGAUGCUGAAUACAAAACCCAGGUGGAAAGUCUACUUUAUGGCUUAAAAUCUGUCCUGUCCACCUCUUUAAACCACAUAUUUGACAGUUUGAUUUGGAAAGAUGUGAAGAUGAAAUUGGGAGAAAUAUUUAAAGCAUCCAAUACAGCUCUUGCAUUACUAGAAGAUCAGCCCUGGGAUUUAAACACCAACCCACAGGCUUGUCAACAUGCAGCCUAUCUACUCUGCCAGUCAACUGGCCAGACUUUACCAACAGCAGAAGCUGGGGCACUGGCUCACCUGCAGCAACUUGUUCACAGACUUGAGAUGGUCCAGUACAGUAUAGUCCUAUCUUCCAAUCUGAAAGACAAGGUGAUGAAUUUACAGAAGUCCAUGUCAGCUGGUAAAAAGAAACCAUCCCCACAGCUUCUGGGACUUGUGUCCAUAUUUUUAUCUGAGGUCACUGAGCUGCUCCCUCAGCUGAUUGGGAGUUUGGGAGAAAACAUCUUUUUAGAUCUAUAUAAGACACCAUUUAACCUGUUGUGGCUUGUAAGGCUAGCAGACACAACACUGUCAUGGCCAGAUAUUCACAAGGACAUCUACACUGCCCAUUUGGCUCUACACUGGCAGUGGACUGGGGAGAAACUAAGCUUCUUGACGGAAGGGAAUCACAAUGAAAACCCCAAACUAGACAUGGUCGUUCAAGAACUGAAAAGACAUCUAGGAGGAGGAGACCACUCUGCCAAACAGUUCUCCAAAUUCUGGUCAUCCUUUGGCCACCCAAAACCUUUUGUGGACAGGAAAGAAGCUGAGCUGUGCAUGCUGUUGAACAAAGUUGUCUGGGCUUUAAACCUAAACCAGACUGAUUCACUGGAGGUCCUGCAGAAAAAGGUCAGAGUGCUGACUGCAUCAGCUGUGACUAGCCAGGUAUGGGAGAUAAUCACAAGUGUAGAGCAAGGGGACUUAACACAUGUUGAAGCAGCACUGCAAGUUGUAGUCUCAGUACUGUCACAGAGUGGAAUUUCUCUCCAAACUGGCGCCAAACAGAAUAGUGAACCUGUUCAAAGAACAAUAACUCUAGCUGAUCAAGCUGAUAGAAUCAAGCCAUUUAAGUUUGUGACAUUAUGGCCCUUGUUUGAACACAUGUCCCUCCUGACACAGUUCACUUUGGAUGUAAAAUCAUUGAUGGGAGCCCAGAUUUCAUCAGACUGCCUUCAGCUUGUCAGCAAAUCAUCAACAGCUGCCUGCAUGGGCUAUGUCUUAUCCCACACACCCAAUGUGGUUACACCCAGCUCUCACUGUGGCAUACUUUCUAGACUGUGGGAAUCACAGAUUAGCCGCAACUACCACACGUGGCUGGCGUGGCCAGUGGAUGAAGAGUUUGCCUUAAGAGAAGAAAUUUUGGGUCCAGCCAUGCUGCACCAUUCUCCCAUGUCAAGGUUUGCCAUGCAGGUGUUGUCCAGUGGCUCCAACACUGACCUGCUGCCCUUGCAUGUGACUCUGGGUGGACUGGAGGAACAGACCCAGCAGGUGGCGUUGGUGUCCAGACAUGUCUGGUGUCACUGUGCGACACUGGCCAGUCAGGAAUUUGAUCCAAGAUAUCUAGAGCAACAACUACUUUGGCAUGCCUUUAUCAAACUUGUCAGAACCCUUGAGACAUUAUUACCAGAGAGUACACAGCCAGAUUGGUCUGAGGUAGUGAUGAAGCUACAGACCUCUGAUGACAACAAACCCCUAGUCCUGGAACAUCUACUCCAGCUCCUUAACUCAGGUGGUCACAACUUAUCUGCUGAGGUGACAAGAGAAAUACAUCACUGCGUUGGCUCAGUGAGGGAUGUGUUAGGCUUGACAGAAAACCCAUCUGCUGUUGGCCGUGGGUUAGUUUCCGUAGGGAUUGUUCUAGUACACUUGCUAUCACCCAAAGGACCUGUUGACCCCAUUGAAAAAGCUUGUCUGAAACUGAAGCAUUUCACUCAGGAGAACAAAGCAAUAGAAGCAGAACUUAAGGUAUGGAACAUUCACCUUGAAGCCUCCACAGGUGUGGGGAUAAGUGCUACACCCACAGAGCACCUACACCCCAGGGUGGUCACACUUUUACAGAGACAAGACAGCCUGAAGGCUAAAAUAGUUAAAUUAGAGAAGUUUUCAGCCUACAGACCUGAUCAGAUGCAGUACACCCAGUUGUGCCAGGCUAUAAACAGAUUUCUGGAGAACACCUGUUCCGCCCACAAGGUGUCAGAUCUGCUGAACAAGAUGAACCUGGUCCUGUCCAGAGAAGAGAGUGACGCCCAGGUGACAGGUUGUUUGAGGGAGGAGAGAGUUUGGCAGGACACAACCUCAAGGUUCAUCAGCCAGCUACAGCACACCUUUGAGUGUUAUAGAGACAUUGUCGUACCUUUUGUCAAUGCUCUCUACAAGGUUAAACUUGGACUCAGGCUUUUGGCUGUGAAUGUUGAACAUGCUUUGAAUAAGCACAAGGUUUGGUGCACCAAGAAAGUAGAAUCGGUGGUAAAAACCCUGUGCACAUUCCCCUCAGUCAAUCAGUCACUGCCAGAUCUGCUAACCUUGGCUAAUCAUCUGGCCAUCAUGACAUCUUAUGACAGCAUCCCCACUACAUUACAGCUGGCAUCAAAGGAUCCUUCAUCUGCUAAAAACCACACCCAAGGUGUCAAAUCUAGGUUGCUUGUGUGUGCCUUGCUUCUGAUGAAGGCACACAGUUACUGCACCAGACAGAUAGACGGCAGUCUAAUCUCUACCAUAUCUCACAUCCUGGGACUGUUUGCUGCUGCUUGGGCAGAGCAGGAGGAGCGCAGGAGACAGAAGGAGGAAGAAGAGGCAGCACUUUACAAGUAUAAAGACCAGAUACACGGGGAUGAGAGAUCUGAGAAGGAAAAGGAUGAAGCAGACUUUCAGGCAGCUUAUCCAUCUUUUGCUAAGGACUUCAUAGAUGUGACUGGUGCUGAUAGACUAGAGGAUGUAGGGCUAGAGGCCACACAUGAGACAGGUGUCAAACAAACAUCACUAGAAGGCAUCUCAUUGGCUGAAAUGGUGCAAGUGUGUGCUGCCCACAAUGACAUCCUCACAACAAUGUCAACAGCUGAUUGGCUAGAGAAAGUCCCAUGUGAUGGCUCUGUCAUUUCAGAUGUUCUCACCUCAUCACUCAUGUCCUACCAAGUUGGAGCUGAGGUUGUGAAAAGUUCAUUCACUACUUUGAGUCCAGAUAUUGACAAAAGUAUUCUGGGCAGUCACCUUCUUGUUGGAGGGUCAGUUCUACAGUAUUUAGACACACAAUCUUCAAGUCCAGUUUCACAUACACUGCUACAGAAAUCUUAUGCCAAAACCUACAACAUUUACUAUGAUGCCAAUGUUCCUGAGGUGAUCAAAUGCAAGCCUGUGAUUGAUAGCCUGCGCAGGAGGGUGGAAGAACUACAGAAGGAAUGGCCAGACCACCCAACACUAUUGCUGUUGAACCAGAUCAUGGACAGAAUACUUACCUUUUCUGUGACCAGCCCUGUCAUUAAGUUCUUGACUGGCCUGGAGCUACUGUUGCAAAAAGCCCAGGACUGGGAAAGUAAUGCAGCAUCUUUCGUGUCAAUGUCAACACAACUUAGUGAGAUUACUGCUGUUAUUGUUGAAUGGAGGAAACUGGAGUUAAGUUGCUGGAGCAGCUCACUAGACAGGGAGGAAGAAAAAUGUAAAGAGAAAGCCAGCCAUUGGUGGUUUCACUUGUACCAGAUAGUGUCAGGUUCACUGGCUGAGGCAUCUGACUCUAGUGCAAACACUGCUUCUACCUUAGAGUUUGACACUCAGACUUCUCUGAAGAAAUUUAUGGAGAGCUCACCCAUUGGAGAAUAUUCAGUUCGUCUUCAGAUGUUGCUAGCUUUUCACUGUCAAGUGCUGCACACGGAUAAAAGUCCAGCACAAAAGAAACUUCUGCACAUGCUGUGGAAUGUUUACCAGUUUUAUAAGCAGUACCAAAGUAACAUUGAGGAUGAAAUUAAAAGACUCAGGAGUCCUAUUGAUAAACAACUAAAGGGUUUUGUGAAAAUAGCAAGAUGGAGUGAUAUGAACUACUGGGCCCUGAAAACAUCGACAGAGAAAACUCACAGAACUGUGCACAAAUACAUCAAAGAAUACCAGCACAUCUUGAAUCAGCCAGUCAAGAGCAUACUUGGUGAUAGGGGAGAUGAUCUUGUAUCUUUAACUGUCAAGCAAACCUUAGGGUUUUCUCUACCUGACAAGUUGGAUGGUUUCACUAAAUAUCUGUGUCAACAGCUCACAUCUCACUCUGCUCCUAGUACUGUGACCUUUGUGGCAUCUCCUGAUAUGACCAAAGACCUGCCUUUGCUACAACGUAUCCCAACAUUGUGUCGUAAGAUGAAGAACCAUCUCAUGAAGUGUAUUGCUGACUCUCAUCAUGCCAAAAAUGUCCUGGUCUUUGAUGGAUUCACAGGUGAACUAAUACAAGAAAUGCAUGAGCUGCAGGCCUUACAUGUUGAUAUGGCUUCUGACAAAGAAAAGCAGAAAACUGAAGCACGUUCCAUUAACUUGAGAAAACGUAAAGGAUUGUCAGAGCUCUACAAGUACCUUACACUUAUAGGUCUGUCCUAUCGUAAAGGAGUAACUGGAAAGAAGACAGCUUUGCCUGAUGCCUUAGAGUUACCACCAUUGAACUUGAAUGCACAUCCAUUGCUUCCAGUGACCACCCUGUGGUCAGGUUGUGAAAACUACUUCUAUAGGUGCAUCUCAAGACAUGCUCAGUUCAGCUCAGCCAUUGUGUCACCUUCUAAGGAGCUGAGCAUGUCUGAUGUUGAAAGGUGCAGAGGUUUCAUUGAGCACUUCUCUCAGUUGUAUGUACAACAGAGAGCUAGGCUCACAGAAUUCACUUCAUGUUUCCUAACACUGAGAAAAUUACUCCAGUCACUGAAAACACUAGAAGAACUGUCAAGCUAUAAUCUACCACCACAGGAUGAGUGUCACAUAUGGCUAGACAAAGUGAAGCAGUUAACAACAAAACUUUUUGAAGGCUUGACAGAGUUCUCUCUGCUACUAGAGUUGUGUCCCUCUCCCCACCAAAAUCAUUCCUUAGCUUCUGUCUACCCUUCCCCACUGACAGAGGACAGGCUGACUCCCUCUUCACUUUGGUGUAGGGGUGACCCUGAAUGGACCCAGUACUAUGGACUUACUCAGAAAAUGCUUCAAGAGAUAAAAGAUGAACAGUCAAGUAUUGACCAUCUCUUAAGUAAAGCAGUACUUGGAAGAUCAGACAUGGACUCCAUCAGUAGAACUCUGGAUGUCUACACCAGCUUCACCCAACAGUUUGAGCUGGUCACCUCCCAGUUCUCUGACCAGUCUGGCACCUCCAGCUGUCUGGUGUCCACCUUAGCAUUCCUCACCUGUGAGAUUUCAACCAUAAAACAGGAGUUCAGCCCAUGGCUGGCAGCGCUAUCACCUGUGCCACCUGAGGUCCAGUCGGUUCAAGCCCAGCCUGACCUAACCCAGGUCACAGGGUUAAGCUUAAGGUCAGGUAAAAUUUUACCACCAUCCCACACAGCCACUGAAGUGACCGCCGCUCCUUGUGGGGACAAGUCGAAGCUGUUCUUGAAAGAUGUCGAAUCAUUUGUGGAGGUCGUGCUACUCAGUGUCCAGACAGUGGUCAAGAUGAAGGAAGAGGAAACAAAGAAAGCUCCAACUACCAAAGAGGAUGAUACAGACUCUGAAGAGCUGAAAGAAUCUCAUCUUACAAAGCAUGUGCUAGACAUAGAGAAAAACACCAUGGAUAAACUCAAUUCUCCUAAAGUGGUAAACAAACUGGAAGAGCUGAUAGCACACUUGAGCACCCUGUCCAGUGUGAAGACACCGAGCCAGUCAGAGAGCUGUGAGAACAUCCCGCUGUGUGUCAGGUCACUUCUCCAGACCAAACCCCUGGUGCUAGCCUUCAGCUCCCUGGUGGAGAGUCAGCUGGGCAACUCUGUAGCAAUACAUCGCUCCAUGGGCAAACUCUUGUCUGUCCUGCUGGCUGUGUUUGCUGAGAUGGCUCAGAAGGGUUUCUGUAUACCACCUGAGCUGAGUGAGGAGGUUGACGGAGAAGGUGCCACUGAGUUUAAAGACAUUGAAGGGGGUGGUAUAGGAGAAGGUCAAGGGGCAAAGGAUGUCAGUGACCAGAUUGAGUCAGAAGAUCAGCUGGAAGAAGCCAAAAGGCCAGGUCAGGAAGAGAAACCUGAAGAGUCCCAGGACCAACCAGACAUUCCAUCAGAGGACAAUGCUAUUGAAAUGUCUGAUGACUUUGAUGGGAAACUCCACGACAUGGACGGAGAUGAAAAAGAUGAAGAGGAGGAUGACAAUGAAAAGGAAGAGGAAGACAUGGAUAAACAAAUAGGUGAUGCUGAUGGAGAGGACAAUGACAGGUUGGAUGACAGGAUGUGGGGAAGUGAUGAUGAAGAGGAGCCCGAAGAGAAAAAGGACACAGAAGAAGACCAAGGAAAAGGUGGUAUGGACAAAGAAAAAGAGGAGAUGGUAGCUAAAGAUGACAGUAAGAGUUUUGAUGAGGACAAUGACAAUAAUCAACAACAACAAAAAGAUGAUAAUAAAGAGAAUGAUCUUCCCAUGGAAGAUGAUGAAAAUUAUGACGAUAACCAAGUGAACCCACACAAUACAGAAGAAGAAAAAGAAGCAGAGAAUUUGGAUAUCCCAGAUGACCUGAACUUAGAUGAUGGUGAAAAAAAUGAUAAAGAAGAAGAUAUGGAAACAGACAACAUGGAAGAUAACCAGGAUGAUGAUGAGGGGAAGACUACAGAAGAAACAGAGGAGCCAGAAUCUAAAGAAACUGAGGACAAUGUGGAAGAGAUUAAUGCUCAGGAUGAAAAACAACAGGGAGAUAAUGAUGGUGGGGACGCUGAAGAGGCAGAGGAUGAACAAAAAGUAGAUCAUCUGCAGGCAGAGGAGGAGAAAGAGAAAGCAGAUGAAGGGGAGGGGACUGAUGGAGAAACAGCUCCUGAUGAGGAAAAGCCCACCUCAGAGUUGAAUAGAAACAGAGAGGAAAACAAGAGUGAGGAUAAAGUGGAUACUGUAGAGGACUCUAAGGAACCUUCAACACAAUCUGAGGCUUCGGAUAGCAAGCAGGGAGGUGUAGAACAGGAGGAAGUAACUGAUAAACAGGAUGAAAAUAAUGAAAAUGAAGGUGUGGGUGCAUCAAAUGCUGAAGAUCAGGAAGGUCACAUAGGGCAACAGUCUAAUCAGUCCACAGAUUCUCCCUUCCAACAACAGCAACAGAAAAAGCACCAGAGGAACCCAGGCAAGUCAGACAGUGAUAGAUCCCUCGGCAGUCAUGAUAAGGACCACAGCCAUCUCAAGACUAAAGAAAACUCCAUCAAGAAGAGACAAGAGGCUGAUGAAGACAAUGAAGAGGAGGACAGGAGAGAUAGAAACCCAGCGACCGAGUACGAGCAUGUGAAAGAUGCCAAGUCUCAUUACGAUGCUCAGACUGUUGAUGUUGCUACCAAAGAUCAGAUGCUGGAGAAACAGGCCGUGCCGACUCAGGAGGAGGAGGAUAAAAAUGAGCUGAAGGAUGACGAUGAUGUUAAGAUGGAUGAAGAAAUGGAAGAAGACACAGAAAAUAUGGAUGCUCCAAAGCUGAGUGAGAAAAAGAAAACAAAGUCCAAAGAGAUGACAGAGGAAGAUAAAGAAAGUGAAAGUGGUGGAAAUUUGGAGAGACAGAAAGUAGAAAUAGAUGGGGAGAGAGUGGUUACCAUGACAGCAGAGAGAAGACCAGACUCAACAAUACACACAGUACUGGAGAACCUUCACCUUGGUUUGAUGCCCCAGGACAUGGACGUGGAUGCUCUAAGGACAGAGCUGGAGCAGUGUGUCCAAGUGUGGUCCCACCCUGAGGACAUGCCUGCUGAUGUGAUCCAGUCAGCCACAGAAGCGUGGCAGAAGUACCAGACAAUCACAGGACCCUUGUCACAAGAACUGUGUGAGCAGCUCAGGCUGAUUCUAGAACCUUCUCAGGCCACAAAACUGAAGGGAGACUACAGGACUGGCAAAAGGCUGAACAUGCGUAAAGUGAUCCCAUACAUCGCCUCACAGUUCAGGAAAGACAAAAUCUGGUUGAGACGCAGUAAACCAAGCAAGAGACAGUACCAGAUUAUGUUGGCUGUUGAUGACUCGGCCAGUAUGGCUGACAAUCACUCUAAACAGCUGGCCUUUGAAUCUUUGGCGUUGGUAUCAAAUGCUCUGACACUUCUAGAAUCAGGAGAGCUGGCAGUGUGCAGCUUUGGAGAAGAGGUGAGGCUGCUUCACCCAUUCUCUCAGCCGUUCACCAACCAAUCAGGGGCCAGAAUACUCCAGCAGUUGUCUUGUGAGCAGAAACAGACCAAGUAUGGAAUGCUUUUAGACCAAGCUAUGGCCCUUCUGCUAGAUGCCAGGUCCCACCAGACAGGUGCACCAGGUAACUCUGACACAGCCCAGCUGCUGCUGGUGUUGUCAGAUGGCCACGGUGUGUUCAGGGAGGGCAUGGACUUUGUCCGCAGGGCUGUGAGAAGGGCGAGGGCUGCCAGGAUUUUCUUGGUCUUUGUUAUCAUGGACAACCCACAGAAGAAAGGCUCUAUACUAGAUGCCAGAGUGCCCAUCAUGGAUUCUUCUGGAAAGAUUCAAGAGAUAAAGUCGUACAUGGAGUUGUUUCCCUUCCCCUUUUAUAUAAUACUUAGGGACAUCAGCAUGAUGCCACAGAUUCUCAGUGAUGCACUAAGACAGUGGUUUGAAUUGGUCACAGGUUCUGAUAGAUGAUGAACAGGUGAACUUUGAACACAUAAAUGAAAGCUCCUAGUGCAAACAAUUAUUUUGGAUAUAAAAUUUGUUGUGUAAAUAAAUAUUUGUUUGUCUUUUAAAUGCAUUUAUGAAACUUUAAAUUGUUGAGAAAAAUUGGAGGACUUUGGUGCCCCAUGCAAUAAAUUACACCAGUAAACACUUUAUUACAUAAAAUUUUAAUUAUUUCAUGUUCUAUGAUUUCAACAUACAAAAAAAUCUGCUUGGUAAAAUUACAAUACAUUAUUGAUGAGAUGA